AAAAACAAAAAAAAAAACCAAAAACACUAAGGUGUAGAUUGAAGAAGACACCCUCCCUCUUUCGACCUCAGGGUUCUGAAUGCAUUGCAAAGCACAAACUCCCCGGGCUGGGCUGGAGUGUUUGAUAGUCCAGUGGUUAAGAGCACUUUCGGCAAGGUGUGGUGCAUGCCUUCAACUGCGGCACUCGGGAAGCAGAGGCAGACGGAUCACUGAAUUCCAGGCAAUCCUGGGUUACAUGGUGAGACCAUGUCUAAAAGUACUUGGUCUUGCAGAAGACCUAAGAUGCGUUUCCGGCACCCACACCAGGCGGUUGCCGCCCUGUAUCCCCAGCUUUAAGGGAUCCCAAACACAUAAAAGUAAAAAUAAAUCCUUAAAAGCAACCAAAGACUUCCUUUGAGAUGACAGUCGCACAACCAAAAGAAGUGACCCACUUGCGAUUUAGACAUCCGGAUUCCGUGCUAGUAUCCCGCUUCCAGUGGCUUCUGACGUCACCUAAAAAGCGCCGGAAAUGACCUCGCGCUGCCUAGGAAACAGGACGCGGCCCAGUGGUAGCCAAACCUGGGACAGCCGCACCCACCCUGUCGCCAUGGAGCUUCCCUCAGGGCGGUGCGGGGAUCCUCGCUCUUGUGACGAAGAGUCGGACCCCGAGCCAGACCCGGACCCUGACGCUCAGGCUGAGGCCUACGUAGCCCGUGUGCUUACCCCACCCAAACCUGGCCUGACCCCGCGGCGCUCGUCGCUGCAGUCCACGCUCUCCGCGUCCCUGGGCGCGCCGGAGCGAAAGGCUGCCUCCAGAGUCCCGGCCGUGCGCCUGCCGGGCCUGCUGAGCCUUCCCCCGGAGCUGCUGCUGGAGAUCUGCGCCUACCUGGAUGCGCGGGUCGUGCUCCAUGUCCUGCCGUGCGUGUGCCAAGCACUGCACGACCUUGUGCGUGAUCAUGUCACCUGGAGGCUACGCGCUCAGCGCCGCGUACGCGCACCCUACCCAGUGGUGGAAGGUACGCACACCUCGGGCUACAGGAACUCCUGCCCAGAGGAGGACUUUGACUGGCCAGCUGCCUGCAUCGAGCUGGAGCAGCAUCUGGCCCGCUGGGCAGAGGAUGGACAGCGAACGGAGUACUUCUGCCUGGCUGAUGGUCACUUUGCUUCCAUCGAUGCAGUGUUGCUGCUGCAGGGUGGGGCACUGUGUCUGUCAGGUUCCCGAGAUCGCAAUGUCAACCUGUGGGACCUACGACAUCUAGGAAAGGAGCCUAGCCGAGUUCUGGUGAAGGCCUUGGGCACCCAGGGCAACAGCACACACAAGGGCUGGGUGUGGUCGCUAGCAGCACAGGAUCACCAUGUGUGCUCCGGCUCUUGGGACAGCACUGUGAAGCUGUGGGACAUGGCAGCUGAUGGGCAGCAGUUUGGCGAGAUCAAGGGCAAGGCGGCAGUGCUGUGCCUCUCCUACCAACCUGACAUCCUGGUGACUGGCACCUAUGACAAGAAGGUGACCAUCUAUGAUCCCAGAGCCGGCUUGGCCCUGGUGAAGACCCGCAGGCUGCACUCGAGCGCUGUGCUGGCGGUGUUGGCAGAUGACAGGCACAUCAUCUCAGGCAGUGAGGACCACAGUCUUGUGGUGUUUGAUCGCCGGGCCAACAGCGUCCUGCAGCGGCUGCAGCUGGACUCCUAUCUGCUCUGCAUGUCCUACCAGGAGCCCCAGCUCUGGGCGGGUGACAACCAGGGCCUGCUGCACGUCUUCGCCAACCGAGAUGGUUGCUUCCAGCUUGUCCGGUCCUUUGACGUGGGUCACCAGUCUCAGGUCACAGGGAUCAAACACUCGCUGGGGACUUUGUACACAACAUCUACUGACAAGACCAUUCGGGUUCACGUGCCCACAGACCCACCCAGGACCAUCUGUACCAGAAGCCACCACAAUGUGUUGAAUGGGAUCUGCGCUGAGGGUAACGUGGUGGUGGCUGCCUCCGGUGGACUGUCACUGGAGGUCUGGAGGCUGCUGGCCUAAACAGCUGGACAUGGCUGUGGACGGCUGUUGGUAUAUCUAUACUGCCUGCUGAGGCUGCCCUGAGCCUCAGCUCUGGAGGACCUUCCUGCUAUUGGUGCUGCUUCUGCCCUGCUCCACGGUCUGGGGCACAGGAAGACCUAGGGCUGGCCCCACACCUGUGCCUGUGGAGGUGACAUUCUAGUUUUAGCCACCCAGGGGCCUAUUCCCUACCUUCCACCCCUGGAUUGUUUUGUUUUGUUCAUUGAGACAGGGUCUCAUGUAAACCAGACUGGCCUCAUACCCACUACGUUUUUGAGGCAGGUCUUGAAGCCUGAUCCUCCUGCCUAAAUCUCCACGUGUUGGGAUAACAGGCGCACCCCCACGCCCGGAUGAUCCCUGUUUUGUCAGGAUUUGGGUGCCUCUCUCCCACGGGAGAGUGAAGGAGAAAUAAACGACCUACUGUGCAGUUGUGGGAA